CCUUACACAGACUCGACAGAACUUUAGAAGUGUCUUUUGAUGGAGAUAUAAUGCUCUACUGCCAAUGACUACAGUUUUACAAGAUACACUCAAUAAUGUUGGGAAUCAAUAGCGCUUGUAUUGGCCAAGCGCUGCUUCAUAUCCAAGGCAAUUACGAUAUAGUACACGUACCGUACAGCAACUUUCUGCCGAGCCGACGCUGUCACGCUGCUAGCCGCCCUGUCAACGCGCUACCUAAUUAAAUGAAUCUUGAGCGGCACGCGUUGACAGGAGUCGCCUCACUGUCGUGUAAUUCAACCGCAUAUUCAGAUGUUACUUACCUGACUUGAACCUGUUGAUACUGUUCGUCACGAGUAUUCAAUCGUUGCAGUCGACGCCUCAUACGCGAGAUUCCCUCUUUGUGGACGACCUCACAAAUUAUCUCAACAUAUUGUCGCCUGUACGAAGUAACGUCAGUUAAACGCGCUACACGCGCUACGCCAAUUCUUAAUUCACGAGCAAUGUCCUCGACUACUACGACUACAACAAACCAUCUCAAUAAGGAGAUCCGUGAUGCCGCAGUCAAGGCCCGCAACCUCAGAAACCGAGCAUUCAUCUUAGCAGCUGGUCUGGCAGCAAGCGCUUGGGUGCUAGGUUAUCUUGAGGAUAAAUCAUCAGACUCGGAAUCUGAAUCAGAAUCGUCCUCAUCUAAAUCGGAGGGGCAGGAGAUUCCCAGCCUAUUAAAGGCCAACCGUCUGGGCAAGGACCAAAAAACCCGCCUCGCCCGCGCCGCCGCCCAGCAGCAGGCCCACAACCAGCAGUGCCUGUACCGCGUGUGUGCCGGGGUCACGACCUUUCGCGCGCGCGACCCGGACCCGCACGCGGUUGACGGCGGGGCGAUCCUGGGAAUCCGCAUCGAGGUGCUCUCGCGCGGCAGAUUCCUUAGGCCGUAUUACGUCUUGCUGAACCGGCCUUAUUCGUCCGGUGCUGCUGCUGAUGGUAGUGGCAAUGGGGUUGGAGAAAAUGGGAAUGCGAGGCGGCAGGGGAAGGGGAAGACCUGGCUGCGUGUGCAUCGGCACACCCUCCCUGCGUGCAUCCCCGUCGCGGGGCUGGCGGCGCGGUACCUACCCGCGCCUCCGAAAACAGGAGAUGAUGUUGAUGGUGGCCGUGAUGAGGGGAGGGCGAAGAUCCAAGAGAAGCAGGAUUUAGCUCGCUUCGCGAGGGCGGUACGGAGGGAGGUCAUCAGAUAUCACAACCGGCUUGGGGUGGUGGGGGAUUUGAGACGGGCGGCUGGGCUGGACAAGAAGGCGGACGGGGAGACCGCUGCCCCAGAGGAGGAGGCUGCUGCCCCAGAGGAGGAAGGGCCGGGCCGGCUCCUCGAUAUCACGGCUUCCGAUGCCGAGGCCAAGCAUAUCACGAUCGAGUGGGCCGACGGACGCAUCGGCCGCCUGGUCAUGGGCGACGAUGGGGAGAUUGUCAAGCUGGUCGUGGUAGGCAGGAAUGGGCGGGAUCGCGAGGCCGAACGGGAGCUUCUGGGCGGCGCGGUGAGGGUCGACGAGCUGGCGAGGCGGCUGGCCGCAAGUGCCCGACGGGGUGGCGGAUUUGUGGUUAGUUCGGGUCGUGGGGGUUCUCUUACGGCUGGGUAGUACGGAGAUGAGUCUGCAUCGCGGGUAUACACAGCACAGGCUAGGAAUCCUGCUAUCUUGGUAUGUGUUUUGAUACUGUGCUUAGGGCCCUGUUUUCCUACAUCCCAGCCCGACAGCGUCACAUUCCAGACAGAUAACAUGUCAGUAGCCCGGGCUGAUACAAGUGGCGUCAGCCUUAGAUGAGUUGAUAAGUUACGCAAUUGCCG